AAGCGCCCAAUCUGGCAACACUGACCGGCUAUACACUGAGGAGCUGAACUUCUGUGUGUGAGUCUCAGUGCAGUGAAUUAGGCAGCAUGAUGAAGGGUGUGUGUGGAAUAAUCGUCAUCCUCCUUUUCUCCACUGCUGUGUGGGCAAAAAAGAUGCGCUGGUGUAUAGUGUCAGAGCCAGAGCGAAGGAAAUGUGCAGACCUGGCUAAAGCACUAGGAGCCGCUUUUCCUCCUGCAGCCACAUUGUACAGCCAACUGUCAUGUGUCAGAGCCUUCAGCACUGCUGACUGCCUCAGUAAGAUACGGGACAAUAAAGCUGACCUUGUGACUCUGGAUGCUGGAGAGGUCUACUCUGCAGUGAAGCAGUUUGGUCUUGCAGCAGUCGCCAAAGAGAUCUACAGUGAUGGCACCUGUAUCCUGGCAGUGGCAGUAGUGAGAAACACAAGCUCGAUAGACAUCCGUUCUCUUAAGGGAACUACGAGCUGUCACAGUGGAGCUCGCUGGACUUCAGGCUGGAAUUUGCCUUUAGGGCAGCUGCUUUCCCACAACCUCCUGCCCUGGGCUGAAGGACAGCCCCUCAGUCAGGCUGUCAGUGACUUCUUCAAUGCCAGCUGUGUGCCUGGAGCUGGUACCAUGACAUUCAGCAGCCUGUGUUCCAGGUGCCAGGGUCAGAGGUCAUAUGUUCCACAGAGGAACUUUUACUGCGAGACAUCUCAUAAUGAACCAUUCUACCAUAACCAAGGGGCGCUCAGAUGCCUGAAGUCUGGAGCAGGAGAUGUGGCCUUUGUGGAUCAUACAGCCCUGGACAGCAUAGAUGACAGUGUGAAGGAUGAAUACAGGUUACUGUGCACAGAUGGCACUCGAGUUCCACUGAGCAGUUUCAGAAAGUGCAAUUUCGGCCGUGGCCCUGGUGGAGCUGUGGUUACACGUAUAAACAACCAAAACCUUGCGCGCAAGUUCCUGUCAGCGAUUCAGACAGCGUUUGGCCGGAAGAGAAGAGAGACUCAUCGUUUCCAGCUUUUUGAUUCAUCAGUUUACGGUGUGGGGGAUUUGCUGUUCAGAGACGUCACUGAUAAACUGUCCAUACUGCAACAAGGCAUAGAUAUCAGUCAGGUUCUGGGACUGGACUACGUUGCUUUGCUCAAGGGGUUAAGACAUGAAGGCAGCUCUCUGGAGGACAGUGUGGUGAGAUGGUGCUGUAUAAGUCAUGCUGAACAGGAGAAAUGCGAGCAGUGGGCUCUUAGCAUAAAGUCGGAUCCUCUUGUAUGUGUGAGCGCUUCGUCGAUGAGUGACUGCAUUGAGAAGAUCAAGAGGGAUAAAGUGGAUGCUGUGUCCUUGGAUGCUACACAUGCUUUUAUAGCAGGGAAAUGUGGCCUUGUACCUGUAGUGACUGAGUAUUAUGGGACAAAGUGUGAAUUCACCGGAGGAGAACCUUUAGAGGCUAAAGACUUAUCAUCAGUGUAUGGUGUGGCAGUGACACGGCGCUCCAGUAAAAGUGUGUAUGUUGGGAAUCUCGGUGGACGACGUUCCUGCCAUGGUCUCAUGUACAGUCCCGCUGGCUGGGUUCUGCCUGUCCAAUACUCUCUGAGUUCAGCACUUAACAGCAGCGUCCCCUGUGAGCCAAACAAAGCAUACUCUAAGGUGUUUUGGAAGGGCUGUAUGCCAGGUGCUGAAGGCAGUCUGUGUAAGGUGUGUGUAGGUGGGACAGAAGAGGCUGCCACCAAACGAUGCUCCAACAACCACAAUGAGCGCUACUAUGGAAAUAUGGGAGCUCUGAGGUGUCUGGUUGGAGAUCCCAGUGGGAAAAGCUACGGAGAUGUGGCAUUUAUGGAGCAUCACAACCUAGAAAGCAACAUUGAAUAUCUAAACAGUAGUGGCUGGGCCAAGGGCUGGGUUUCCAGGGAUUUUGAGUUGUUGUGUGCGGAUGGACAGCGGGCUUCACUGACAGAAUGGAAGAACUGUAAUCUGGGAGCCAUCCCGCCCAACAUUGUUAUGACACGACCUGUACUGGCUGCUCGUAUCUACGACUUCCUCAUGAAGUCACAGGAGACACGUCCAGAUUCUGAGUUCCGUCUGUUUGAGUCUCAGCAGUAUGGUGAAAGUGAUCUGCUGUUUAAAGAUGCCACACAGUGUCUGGUCCACACUAGCCACAUGGACUAUCGCACCAUACUAGGAGAGGAUUUCUUUUCACAAGUGGAAAGCAUCUUUAACUGCACACAUUCAGACAUUCUGCAGUUUUGCAACCACGAUGUGUGCAGCAUAUUCUGAACAACCUGACGACAUCAUAUGGCAUCGGGGGUGUUUCUUUUUAUAAUCUCUACAACUCAAAAUAUUACUCAAUAAAAUCUUCUCUUUACUGCUGGUGCAUAUUAUGUAAGCAAUAAAACACUUCAAGGCAUGCUGUUAUAGGAAACAAGUCAGCUCUGGGGUGGUGUGAUGCAGCCAGACACAAAGCAGAGGGCUGUUAUCACCCCAAUUUGAACUAUGUUCCAGUAACUGCACAUCCUGAAGUGUUUCAUUCCUCACAUUUUUUUAAUCUUUGCACUGUUUUAUUUAUCGUAACUGCAGCAAAUUUUCAACUAUUGCAAAAUUUUAUUUAUUAAUUAACAAAACGAUGGUCUUUUUAACCAUUUAUAGUUAAUAAUGUGGAACAAUAAGACAAACCUCUUGAAAAAAAAACCCAAUAGAAACUAUCACAGAAAUUCUAAUGGUUUUCAUUACAAAUACCAUUACAAACCAUCAGCUGUUAACCAUUCAAUUAUUACCAAAUGGUUGUCGUUAUGUAGUAGGGCGUAUUAAGGAUGUAGGUCUUCCACUAGACAUAACAUGCCACCAAUAGAAGCCAACAAAUUACCAGAGGUCCACGGGGACCAUUUUCCAUUAAAAUCAAUACAAUUCCAAUUAUAACCAUUAAAACCAUUACAAAUUCUAUGAGGGUUUCUAUUUUUUUUUUCAAUAUGGAAGUUAGUUCCUGUUAUCAGUUAUGCUAUAGUACACGGGUGUCUAAUCUUAGACAAUGUGAUUGGCCAAGGUAAUUGCAGGUUUUCAUUCCAAUCAAGCAGGAGCCACACCUGAUUCCACCUGUUUAAUCAGUUGGUCUUGGCUUUCAAUAGACAGCUUUUCUGCUUAGUUGGAAUGAAAACCUGCACCUACACCGGCCCUUUCCAGAUAAGAUUGGACACCCCUGGUUUAAACAAUCAUUCUAACAGGACACACCUGGGUAACAAGAAACAUCUGUUACAUGUUCCAAUAUUUUUGCUCACCUAAAAAGUGGGUGGCCUGAUACAAAAUGUGCUAUCUACAUAUAAAUACUAGGAAAUAAAUGCUGAAAUUUUAAACUCGCUUCUUAUUUUCAUCUUUUGAAAUCAAACCCAAAUGUGUUCAGUCAACAGCAAAACCAAAUGAACUGGCCUUGCUGUUCAAAUGUGUAUGUACAGUUGAGGUCAUAAGUUUAUGUACACCUUGCAGAAUCGGUAAAAUGUUACUAAUUUUUAAACGCAAUAAUAGUACUAGAUAUGUAAUGUUCGUCACGACAAACUUUGAUGUUGGCUUGAGAAAGCCAGCCAUCAGCUAGACAGUGUUCCAAUACUUUUGGAGCUAGGCGGCAUCUCGGUACUUUUGGAGCUAGGUGGCAUCCCAGUACUUCUGGAGAUAGACCGUGUUCCAAUACUUUUUGUGCUCAGGCCAUGUGUACUGAGCUGUGUGUGAGUUUUGACAGUUGGAGUCAGGCUCUGAACAUGUCCCUCAAUGUCAGUGAAUGAGAGGUUUUGGGUAUUUUCAUCGCCCACAAUGGGUAUACUGGGCAUACAAUCAGUUUGAAAAAUAGAGCCCUGACCAAUGUGAAUUUUUAAUGGAAUUCAAUGGAAAUUUUGGCCAC